CAGGUUCAAAUUGUAAAUUGCGGCACCGAAAGAAAAUAAAAUAAAAGAAGAAAGAAAGGGGAAAAAAAAGAAAAAAAAAACUACGACUUUGCGGAUAAUUUGAAUUGAGCCGCACAAAGAUGGCGGAGCUAAUGCAGUUGCCGUACGAUGUCACCGUGCGUCUGGCUUUGGCUUCACUUGAACGGAAUUUGUUGCCGGACGCCGUCGUCAGAAGGUUCACUCGACUGUUACUCGCCGCUCGUCUCCGCUCCGGCUACAAGCCUUCCUCCCAACUCCAACUCUCCGAUUUGCUCCACUUUGUUCAUUCUUUGAGGGAAAUGCCCAUAGCAAUCAAGACUGAUCAGCCAAAAGCCCAACAUUACGAACUGCCGACCUCCUUCUUCAAUUUGGUUUUGGGGAAGCAUCUCAAGUACAGUUGUUGCUAUUUCAAUGACAAGUCAAGUACCUUGGAGGACGCUGAGGAGGCAAUGCUACAAAUGUACUGUGAAAGGUCACAACUGAAGGAUGGUCACACUGUUCUUGAUGUUGGAUGUGGCUGGGGGUCGCUCUCAUUGUACAUUGCCCAAAAUUAUAAGAAUUGCAGGGUAACCGGAAUUUGCAAUUCAGCCACGCAGAAAGAUUACAUCGAGGAGCAGUCCCGGGAUCUUCAACUGCAUAAUGUCAACAUCAUAGUUGCAGACAUCAGCACAUUUGAAAUGGAAGCAGAAUAUGAUCGAAUAUUUUCCAUUGAAAUGUUUGAGCAUAUGAAGAACUACAAGGAUCUUCUCAAAAAAAUAUCAGGAUGGAUGAAACAGGAUAGUCUCCUCUUUGUUCAUCAUUUUUGCCAUAAAGUUUUUGCCUAUCACUUUGAGAAUAUAAAUGAAGAUGAUUGGAUUACUAGAUAUUUCUUCGAAGGUGGUACAAUGCCUUCUGCAAAUUUACUUCUCUAUUUCCAGGAUGACGUAUCAAUUGUAGACCAUUGGCUCAUGAAUGGUAAGCACUAUUCUCAAACAAGUGAAGAGUGGCUCAAAAGAAUGGACGAGAAUAUAGCUUUAAUAAAACCGAUCAUGGAAACAACUUAUGGAAAGGAUUCAGCUGUGAAGUGGACUGUUUAUUGGAGAACAUUUUUCAUUGCAGUAGCUGAAUUAUUUGGGUACAACAAUGGGGAAGAAUGGAUGGUUACCCAUUUCCUAUUCAAGAAGAAAUGAUCCAAACAAAGCUCCAAUCAUCAAGGCAUAGGAACAAGUGAUAAUAAAGCUUUUGCUAUUCUGGUGCAAGAGCUGAUUAAAGUACUUAUAUUAGUGCAGAGUAGAGGUGUUUGCGUCAGAUUGUUGGCGCCAUGAGGUGCCCUCUUCUUAACAGACCAUUUUACCAAAACUUUGUAGGUAAUUCGAUGAUGAUUUGUUUGCACUAAAUUUCAAACAAUAUGAUUGUAAUAUAAAUGUCUAUCUGUAUAAGUUGUUGUGCUUUAUUCUUUUUUAGUUCAAUGAUAAGUAGGAGCAGAGAUUCGAACUUUU